AUGGAGAGGCCCCUGGAGCUGGCCAACAUGACCAGGGUUCAGCAGUUCAUCCUGCUGGGCUUGUCCACUAGGCUGGACAUAAGGGAUGCUCUAUUUGCUGUCUUCCUGACUCUCUACCUGCUGACGCUCCUGGAGAACACUCUCAUCAUUUACCUCGUCUGCAGUCACAGCGAGCUCCACAAGCCUAUGUACUUCUUCCUGGGCAACCUCAGCUGCCUGGAGAUCUGUUAUGUGUCGGUCACCAUGCCCACCCUACUCGUGGGGCUGUGGACGGGGCCCUACCAUAUUUCCUUUACACUCUGCAUGACCCAACUCUUCUUCUUUAUAGUCCUCAUCUGCACAGAGUGCACCCUCCUGGCCUCCAUGGCCUACGACCGCUAUGUGGCCAUCUGCCGCCCGCUGCACUACCCCAGCAGCUCUCUUCAUUUCCUCUGCUUUAGACUCACAGUAGGUGGAAUUGCAAUUGUGAAAAUUCUAUUUGUCUCCAAAGUCUAUUUUUGUCUCUCCAACGUCCUCAACCAAUUUUUCUGUGACGUCUCCCCUCUGCUCAACUUGUCCUGCACCCACGUGGCCCUCACAGAGCUGGUCGACUUCAUCUCGGCCAUUGUCAUCUUCUGCGGAACACUCCUGGUGUCCCUGGCCUCCUAUUCAGCCAUCGGGAUGGCCGUUCUCCGAAUGCCAUCAGCUGCCGCCAGACGCAAGGCCUUCUCCACCUGCGCCUCCCACCUGGUGGUGGUGGGUAUCUUCUACUCAGCAGCUCUCUUCAUCUAUUGCCGCCCCAGCCGCAUCAAGUCCAUGGACCUCAACAAGGUGCUGUCUGUCGUCUACACGGUGGUCACACCCCUCUGCAACCCUGUCAUCUACUGUCUGAGAAAUAAGGAGGUCCACACUGUGCUGAGGAAGACUCUCCGUUGGCCUUGA